ACAGGAAAACGAACGAGCAACUGUGGUGCAAAGCCUUUUCUUUAAAAACAUUAUCGGACAUAAGGAAGUCAGUAAGCUGAGUGGGAUCGAGAGAGGGCGGAUUGGAGAAACAGGUUAACCCAGAGGCUAAUAUCACACAUUAUUUAGUAAAUGACACUUUAGUUAGUAAGUAACAUUAGAAACGGAACAUAAAGGUCACCAGCGUAGCCACAGAGGCCAUCAGAUAUGGGGUUUUUAAGCUAACAUUCACGUAAAUAUGGUGAGGCUUCAACGUAGCUGUGGCUAGCUAACAUCAACGUUACUGUAACGUUAACUGUUAACUUACACCAACUUCACUCAGCAAACAUGUAAAGUAUUCCUCGUCGCUUUUCAUGGCAGUCCUUUAGCUCUAUCUGGCUUUAAUGACAAUGAACGUGUCCAAUCGUGUGAUGAGUAACGUUACAGACACAUGCAGAAAGAAAACCUCGGACCAGUGUUGGACUGGCAGGCAACUGUUAGCUAGCAGUCUAGUGUUAUGAACAGUGGCUUCAAUGGAGAGAAGCAGCGGGGAGGGGGCAGCUCCUGAUGAAGAGGACGGAGACCAGGCAGCCGGUUGGAUUAUGAAGCCAGGCAGGUCGGAGGCUGAAGAAGUGGAAGUGACACCUGCAUGUAACCCAUCAAGGACAACAUCCAAAGGUGGAGUACCAGACCCUUCUACGGACAUUUUGGCUCCGAGGCUCUGGAGAGGUCUUGUGCACCAGGAUCAGGAGAAAUCAGAGACUGGACCAACGGUAUCAAGUGGUGUGAUGUCUGAUGGUCAAACAGAAGAGAGGGAGGCUCCCUCUGUGUCUCCUUCCAGCCUCAUGGACACCUGUGGUCCUUCCAUAUCAAGCCUUUCCUCCUCUUACUCCUCCACGCAUCAUCAUGCCAAUUUUUCUUCAUCCUCAUCUUCCUCUUCCUCUGUCUUGUCUCUGACUCCACCCUUGCCUCCCUCUGUGGAGCUCCCAGCAGUGUUGACUGAUACAAGGCUGACCCUGGAUGUGUACCUGGGAGGAACAGCUGCACUGCCGCUGCUUUGGGGGUCCAUCCCAGGGCAGCUGAGGGGCCUCCAGUACCUGAGACUGGGCUCUGAGGAUAAAUCAGGCCUGGAUGGUGCACUGGAUGUCCUACCCCAUCUGACAGAGCUGCGCUCACUGGCUAUUCGGGGACACUGUUUUUAUGACUCGCAAGGUGACCCGCUGCCUGGCCUCCUCACCACUUUGCCCACAUCUGUUUCCUCCCUUUCUCAUCUGGUGCACCUGGAUCUCUCCUUCAACCAGCUCUCCUGUCUGCCAUCCUGCCUUCUCAGCUUGCCUGUGCUGUCCUCUUUGCUCCUCUGUCACAACCACCUCUCAGCUUUGCAUCCUGAUAUAGGCCAGCUGUGCUCCCUCACCUACCUCUCCCUCCUGGGGAACGAGCUGGUCUCUCUUCCCCCGAGUCUGGGUCAGCUGAAAGCACUACAGACACUGGAUAUUUCACAUAACCUCCUUCAGCAACUACCUGAUGAAAUUGGUUCUCUGGAGGAGCUUGUUAAGCUGGAAUUGUCCCACAACAAGCUGAAGCAGCUACCAGAGAGCAUGGGCUCUCUCCUCUCCCUCAGGGAGCUUGUCAUCUACAGCAAUGACCUCCGCCUGAUCCCACAUUGUCUGAACAACCUGCCUCGGCUGAAAAUAGAUGUGCGUGACAAUCCUUUGGGACAACCAACAACCCCUCCUCCUCUCCCUCCUACACCUGAUCAAGCAGAAACAAAAAUUCCAGAGUUGCACCUCGGAUUUAAUCAGCACAGUUUCUGUAUUUCGUCUGCUGGGUGUCAUGUGUUUCUCCCAGGGGGGGCUGAGCUGCUGUUCCCCCCGGGGUGCCUGCUGACAACCACAAGACUGGAGUGGGUUGAGAGAAGGCCAGAAAGGAAGUGGGUAUGGCUGGAGGAGCAUGACAUCUUACUGAGUCGUCCACUGGAACUUCGUCCUCAUGGAAUUACAUUUCUAAAGCCUGUGGAGGUGUGUGUGCCAUAUCGUCGGACAAAAAGAAGGGAGGUGGUGGUGCAGAGGUUUGACGGACAGUCAUGGAGCACUCUGCCCACUGUUCUGAGGAGAGGAAGCGAGAGCCAUAGCAGUCACCCUGGUGGACGUCCAGCCAGGCUGGCCUGCUGCGCAGUGAGCCAGUUCUCCUGGUUUAUGGCAGUGUCCCGUCCAGUAAAGGACAGUUGCUCUGUUACACCAGCUGGAGCCCUGCUGGUGUCCAGCUCUGACCCUGGAAUUAAGCUCCACUUCCCUCCAGACUCUACCGUGCAGAUCCGCACUAUAACUUUACAGGUGCUGCAGGUGUCUGUGUCAGAGGUACAGUCACUGUGUGGUGAUCCUCAGGCCAGCGUUAGCCCUCUCCUCUGCCUCUCCCAGACUCCCAGCAUACACUUCCUGCAGCCUAUCAAAGUUCAGGUCCCUCUGCCAUCUGGAGUCACAGGCCAUACAGUUGAUAUGUCCUGUUUGCAUCUGCUACAUGGUGACCCCACUGCCCAAACCUGGACUGACAUUACAUCACAAGUGUCUCUCUACGUCACCCAUUUGUAUGCCAUUUUCUAUGUUACACAUUUCUCCUGGUACUGGCUGUGGUACACCACUCAGCGCUGUGUUAGUGGGGUGGUCAGGAAGGUCUAUCAAAGGCUAAAACAGUUUAAAGUCCAGUUCCUCGUCCUCCAGCGGAAGACUGAUCCCUCACAAGUAAUGCUACAGUGUUUACCUUCUAACAAGGUUUGUAAUUGUCCUCUCUGUGCUGUAACUGUGUUUAAUAGAACCACUUACACCAAGGACUGUCUGUAUAUCAGCCCUCUUCUCUCAGCCUCUGUGUGUGGUGUCUCAGCUUUGGCAAUAUGUGGACGGCAGAGUGCAGUCUCUGUCGGAGCAAUAUGAAGGACCGCAGCCUUCAGACCUUUGUGAUCUGCUGGAAGGAGAGCAGUUCUUCGCCGGCUUUGAGAGGGGCUUAGAUAUUAGCACAGAGAGACCAGACUGUAUGGAGGGAAGGCUGUGUUUUGUGUUUUACUCCAGCCUGAAGAAUCUGAAGGAAGUGUACAUCCGUCCAGCUUCGGGUCAGAAGGGGCCAGUGAGGGGACAA